AAUGAGGCUGUCUCUCUACCUGCCUAUCCAAAUGCUUUUCCCCUUGUGCAGAUCCAUUCCUGCUUGUCGAGCUGUCUCUACACCUGAUCCUUACUCACCUCAUCAGCUGCCUCCUUCACGGGUCCCAUUGAUACCCCACCAUUCCCAGAUUCUUCCUAGCUAUCCAACUCUCUCUCCCUCUUGCCAGCCUUAUAUCCUUCCUGGCCGUCUGUCUGCCCCCUCUACUCGUCCAAAGAUUCUUCUACCAGCUCCAUUACUGUCCAGCCCAGUCAAAUAUCUGCCUCAUCCACCAACCCCAGUUAUUGCCAACGCUUCUGGCAGUUUCCCUCGCUUCCCAACCCCAAUUCUUUCUGGCCCACCUGGCCAUAUACCACACCCACCUCAGAGUUCUCCAGUCAUCCCUGAGCCUGAUUCACAGAGCAAGUUAUUUUACAAAACUUUCAAGCCCAGAUAUUUUCUUCCAACACAGCGUUCUACCCCUACCGCUGUGACACCAGCCCUUGUUCGCCGCUCCCUUCCAGCUCGGCUGGUUAGGUCCCCAAGCCCUGUGAAAGCUUUCCCGGCUUUGAAGCCUUCCUGCAUAUCUAGUCAUCCCCCUCAUCAGCCAGACCCCUUUCCUCCUUGUAUUGCUCCAUUGCCUGAACAUUUCACUAGCUUGCACCCCUUUCAGCCAGUUCAGCAAUCUGUUCCACAAAAAAACACAUUGUCAAAUCUGUCCCAGGCCUUUAUGGACUGUGUGCCUGGCUCUGAGCCCUCCUAUCCUCUUCCCUGUCAUUCCCCACCCUCGUCUUUGUCUUCAACACCUUCUUCUACACCCUCUUCUUCACCUCCCGUACGGUUUUCUUCCUCUUCAUCCAGUCUUUCUUCCCCACCACCUUCCUCUUCUGCAGUUCCCUCAGCACUUCCAUCCAUCCCUCUUUUUUCCUCUCCAUUACACCCAUCUCCCUCACCAUGUUUCCCGCUGACUUUUUUAGAUUUUCCUUCUCCAGUUCCUCCUGUUUCUUCUUCCUUUAUGAUUUCUUCUUCCUUUCCCCCUGUGUUACACUCCCCCUCUCUUUCUACUUCUCCACCUCCUCUUAUCCCUAUCCAUCCCUUCAGUCCUCCUCACUGGGGGAAGAAAGUAGAGAAGAGAAGAGAAGAGAAGCAAGUGGAAUAGAGAAGAAAAAGUUGAGAGACGACAUCAUUAAAGAGCUAUAGAUAACGCCUUGGCUUUAUCAUUGUCAAAAAGCAAUCAAAAUCAUCAGAAAUAUUUCUUGUCCAAAAUGGGUUAUGGUAAAGAAAUAAAGGAAAACAGCAGCACAAGCUUGGCUACCAACAAAGAUGCAUUCCAGCUUAAACUGGAGGAAACUCAGAAACUCCUGGAGGAUCAACAUCUAAGCAGUUUGCAAAAAUUUUGUGAUGAAGUUAAGCAGAUAACCAAUUCUGAAACCCUUUCAAGUGUAGACAGUCUUGAAGCUGGGGAACAUGAACAGGUAUAUUUAACACUUAAUCAGGCAACUUCUACACCAAUCCUGGAGAGUUCUUUUUCCCUCAACUCAAAAAAUCUGCAAUCAACUAAUGUAAACUGCUUUGAUGAAGAUAAGUUGUCAGCAUAUAAAACUCAGCAUAUAAGUAAUUGGCUUAUACAUUUAGAUGAAUCAAAUACUCAAACUGGCAUUCCUUCCUCGAAUAAUUUAAGUAAACUUAGUGUUCUUCCUUUGCAUGAAUAUUGUAAUAGUAAGGAACAAGAUUCAUCUGCUCCAAUUAUGGAAAGAUCUACAAAUACUACUGAGAAUUCGGUGAGCUUCACAUACAGUCCACCUGUACUUGUAGAAGGAGACACAAAUAAAAAGGCCUUCAAAACUGGCACCAUGAGGACAACUGACUCCUCUUCUGGAACAUUCCAAAAGGAGAGACCAUUAGUUACUGAGAGCCCAGCAUUUAAGUUCAGUAAAGCCUGGACCACUCCAAAUUCUAUAACCCAGAAACUGGCUACAUUUUCAGACCAAGAGAAGCCAUCUUCACUUGCUCAUGAAAAUAGAGCUACUUCAUUUACUACUCCAUGUGUAGCUGUGGCAACACCGUUAGCUUUCCCAUCAAAUGCACAGUCAGCCAGGCCUUUUCCAAAGAACAGUAGGUACAUAAAAGGAGCUCACCCAGUACAGUGUUGUGGAAAGUUAGGAGAAUCAAAAGAUCUUAAGGAUGAAAAGAUACAAUAUCUGAAUUGUAGUGAUCAGGAGUUGUCUUUGUUUUCAGAUAAUGGUCAAGCUGCCUAUAUACCUCACAAUUCUGAUUUAAAAGAUAAAAAGCAGAAAACAGCUGAAAUAUUCACAGCAUCUAAUGUAAUUUCUGAUUGUGAUGUAGUCGGUCAGCACAAGAAAAUGAAACAUAAUAUUCAUGAGAGAAAUAGUGUGAGGUUUCUUAAAAGUAUUUUAAAGAAAGAAUCUAAAUAUGAGCAUGAUUGUUUUACAGCACUAGUUAUAAGCCAAGGCUUUAAGCUAGGAAAUAAAAAAGCAGCAACUAUUAGAGAUAGUAUUGAAUUAACAAAAGAAAGAGGGAAAGGUACAGAAAUACCAAAGACUGUUAAAAAACUGAGAUGGUUUGAUGAAACUGGAGAAAGAGAAAAUAAUGCUGCAGAUAAUGAAUCACUGAAGACUAGAAUAGAAGCAUCUCAACAGGGCUCUCAGCCAUUUUCUAUUCCAGCCAGAAGUGACACUAUCAGCAGCACACUUAAUGUGCCUGCGUGUGCUGUCUCUUCUGAGAGGGAGACACUCAGGGAUGAAUGUGCCUCUGAAAAUGUCUCUGCUUUAGGAGGAUGUGGAACAGACCAUGUGCCUUUGAACUGUUUCAUGCCUUCAGGUUAUAACUCUGCUAAACAAGCCUGGUCAGCCUCAAAGAAAGAGGAAGUUAAAUCCCCUUUACAUAAAGGUGAUUCUAAAACUCAAAAAACUAAUCCACAAAGAGCCAGAGCAAAAAUAAUUAGAUCAAGAUCUGCUAAAGUCCCAUCAGGCCAUAUAUAUACAAACAGAAAAGGCACUGUUAUUCGACCACAGUCUGCAAGCAAAGUCAACACCUUUUUACAAGCUCAGGGUAAACUAAUUGUACCUCACCCUCCUCUUAAAUCUCCACUGAAUAUUAGGAAUGGUAAAAAUACUCAAGUGUCUCAGUGUCAGUCAGCAAUGCCUGAACAUUUUCAAAACAUUAUUACACAUAACUGUUUUAAUUCAAAACAUGUGCUUCCAAGAGAACAUAAAUUGGAUCAGUGGAGUCAAGAAAAUAAUCUUCCAUCCUCCAGUGUUCAUGCUAACUUAAUCACUGUGAUACCCUCUCUAUCAUAUUAUUCUCCUGAGUGCCAAACCUUAGCAAAAACAGAUCACUCCAGUGACACCCAAAUGGUUGAUCAAGAUGGAACAUCACAUUACACUCAAAGAUGUUCAAAUUAUGAAGAAAGGAAUGACUCUGUGACUUAUGGAACUACUAACGAAGCCGAUGCCUUGUGGAAAAGACAGCCUAACACCCUAGGUCAGAAUGAGAAGUCUGCUGAUUCUACUGUUACAAGAAGAAAACGAAUUAUUGAAAAUAAGCAGAGAAGUCUUUUAGAGAAGAAAAGGCAAAACCCUGGGGCUCUAGGACAGAAACACAGUGAGCAAAUGAUGAAUUUUGGACAAAGCAUCCGGCCAAGCUCAGUUUCAGAGAGUACUUCUGAAUUUCUGAUGGCUGAAGACCUAGUGAAAGGUUCAGUGGCUGAGGAGGAAAUUCUGACUGUCAUAAAGAGCAAGCAGCUACAGAAACCAAAUCUGGCUUCAAAUAAGACACAGCAAGUGAACAUCUGUUCACUGUCAGCCGAAGAGGAGAAGAUUCUACAGUCCCUUAAUCGUCUCAACGAGAGGCUAUACCAUGUACAAGAAACCAUUUGCAAAAAUCCAUCCAUCAAAAAUACCUUGCAAAUAAUACCACUUACGAACAGGCAACCAAGGGCCGGUCUAUCUCCUGGUGUUGGAUCCAGAUUGCAGAGAAAAUACUGAUGAAGUGUAACAGUAACUAUUAAAGGGCAUCACUAUUUUUGAAAAAUCUGUAAAUAUAGCAUAUAUUUGCAUAUUUUUAAUAACGUAAAACACUAUAGAAUAAAGGUAGUAACAUGGGUAAUGGAGAUAAAUUCACUUGUUUUUGUUUAUGCUAUCAGAUACUUUAUUAUGUAUUUUCUUGAUAAAUACAUUUUUAUGAGUGGAAAUAUUUCAUUGUUUUUAAUGAGCAUGCUACUGCAAAUAAAUUGUAUUAAAAAAUAAAACAGAA